UCUGGACUGGGUGGAAGCUGGCUUGCAAGUUUGCCGACAGGGCUAUAACAUGCUUAAUUUACUGAUUCAUCGUAAAAAUCUUAACUACUUACAUCUGGAUUACAAUUUCAAUUUGAAGCCGGUUAAAACAUUGACGACUAAGGAGCGAAAAAAGUCACGUUUCGGCAAUGCGUUCCAUUUGUGCCGUGAAAUUCUGCGGCUAACCAAGCUUAUCAUCGAUUCGCACGUUCAAUAUCGUCUUAAUAAUGUUGACGCUUUUCAGCUGGCGGAUGGACUGCAAUACAUUUUUGCGCAUGUCGGUCAGCUAACUGGCAUGUAUCGUUACAAGUACAAGUUAAUGCGACAGAUACGCAUGUGCAAAGAUUUGAAACAUCUAAUAUAUUAUCGCUUCAACACGGGACCUGUGGGUAAGGGUCCUGGGUGUGGUUUUUGGGCGCCAGGUUGGCGUGUUUGGUUAUUCUUCAUGCGCGGUAUAACUCCUUUGUUAGAACGCUGGCUGGGCAAUUUGUUAUCUCGACAAUUUGAGGGUCGCCACUCCAAGGGCGUUGCCAAAACUGUUACAAAACAACGUGUAGAGUCACAUUUUGAUCUAGAGUUGCGUGCUUCUGUCAUGCACGAUAUCGUUGAUAUGAUGCCCGAAGGUAUUAAACAAAAUAAGGCACGUACAAUAUUGCAACACUUAUCGGAAGCGUGGCGUUGUUGGAAGGCGAAUAUACCAUGGAAAGUACCUGGGCUGCCUAUACCCAUAGAGAAUAUGAUUUUGCGCUAUGUUAAGAUGAAGGCCGACUGGUGGACUAACACCGCGCACUACAAUCGAGAACGUAUACGUCGUGGCGCUACAGUCGAUAAAACUGUUUGUAAAAAGAAUUUAGGUCGGUUAACACGUCUUUAUUUGAAAGCUGAGCAGGAGCGUCAGCAUAAUUAUCUAAAAGAUGGUCCAUACAUAUCACCCGAAGAGGCUGUAGCCAUUUACACGACAACGGUGCAUUGGCUGGAGUCACGGCGCUUCGGCCCGAUUCCAUUCCCACCACUUUCCUAUAAACACGAUACUAAACUACUGAUUUUGGCAUUAGAACGUCUGAAGGAAGCCUACAGCGUUAAAUCGCGUUUAAAUCAGAGUCAACGCGAAGAAUUGGGUCUCAUUGAGCAGGCUUACGAUAAUCCACAUGAAGCGUUGUCGCGUAUAAAACGUCACUUGCUAACACAGCGUGCGUUCAAGGAGGUUGGUAUUGAGUUUAUGGACUUGUAUAGUCAUUUAAUACCAGUGUAUGAUGUUGAACCGCUUGAGAAAAUAACGGAUGCCUAUUUGGAUCAAUAUUUGUGGUAUGAGGCAGACAAACGUCGCCUCUUUCCGCCAUGGAUUAAACCGAGUGACACUGAGCCACCACCAUUAUUGGCAUAUAAGUGGUGCCAAGGCAUCAACAAUCUACAGGAUGUUUGGGACGUAGGCGAGGGCGAAUGCAACGUUUUGCUGGAAUCACGAUUCGAAAAACUUUAUGAAAAGAUUGAUUUAACACUUCUCAAUCGUUUGCUACGUCUUAUUGUGGAUCAUAAUAUUGCGGAUUACAUGACAGCUAAGAAUAACGUCGUCAUUAACUACAAGGACAUGAACCACACCAACAGUUAUGGCAUUAUAAGAGGUCUACAGUUCUCUUCGUUUAUAACGCAGUACUAUGGAUUGGUUUUGGAUUUGUUAGUGCUUGGGCUGCAUCGCGCCAGUGAGAUGGCUGGACCACCACAAAUGCCUAACGACUUUUUGACGUUCCAGGAUACAGUCACUGAAACAGCACAUCCUAUACGUUUAUAUUGCCGAUAUGUGGAUCGCAUUCAUUUGUUUUUCCGCUUUUCGGCGGAAGAGGCUCGUGAUUUAAUUCAGCGUUAUCUCACCGAACAUCCAGAUCCAAAUAAUGAAAAUAUUGUUGGCUACAACAACAAAAAGUGUUGGCCCAGAGACGCGCGUAUGCGAUUGAUGAAGCACGAUGUCAACUUGGGCCGCGCUGUUUUCUGGGAUAUUAAGAAUCGAUUACCACGCUCGGUUACAACAAUUAACUGGGAGAAUACUUUCGUUUCAGUCUACUCAAAAGAUAAUCCGAAUCUAUUAUUUAAUAUGUGCGGUUUUGAAUGCCGAAUUCUACCAAAGUGUCGUACGCAAACUGAAGAAUUUACACAUCGUGAUGGUGUUUGGAAUUUACAAAAUGAAGUCACAAAGGAGCGCACGGCUCAAUGUUUUUUGCGUGUUGAUGACGAAUCGUUGGGACGUUUCCAUAAUCGUGUCCGCCAAAUUCUUAUGGCGUCUGGCUCAACAACGUUUACGAAGAUUGUGAAUAAAUGGAAUACGGCGCUUAUUGGUUUAAUGACUUACUUCCGCGAAGCCGUAGUAAAUACACAAGAAUUACUGGAUUUACUUGUGAAGUGCGAAAACAAAAUACAGACUCGUAUCAAAAUUGGUCUCAACUCUAAAAUGCCCUCACGUUUCCCACCUGUGGUGUUCUACACGCCGAAAGAAUUGGGUGGUUUGGGCAUGUUGAGCAUGGGUCACGUGCUUAUUCCGCAAUCCGAUUUGCGUUGGUCUAAGCAAACUGAUGUUGGUAUUACACAUUUCCGCUCAGGUAUGUCGCAUGACGAGGAUCAAUUGAUUCCAAAUUUAUAUCGUUAUAUUCAACCAUGGGAGAGUGAAUUCAUUGAUUCUCAGCGUGUUUGGGCCGAAUAUGCGCUGAAGCGUCAGGAGGCAAAUGCUCAAAAUCGCCGUCUAACAUUGGAAGAUCUCGAAGACAGUUGGGACCGUGGUAUUCCACGUAUAAACACACUCUUCCAAAAAGAUCGUCAUACACUGGCCUAUGAUAAGGGAUGGCGCAUACGCACGGAAUUCAAACAAUAUCAAGUAUUGAAACAAAACCCCUUCUGGUGGACGCAUCAACGUCACGACGGUAAAUUGUGGAAUCUUAACAACUAUCGUACGGACAUGAUACAGGCAUUGGGUGGCGUUGAAGGUAUUCUAGAGCAUACACUCUUCAAGGGUACCUACUUCCCAACGUGGGAGGGUCUUUUCUGGGAGAAAGCAUCUGGUUUUGAAGAGUCCAUGAAGUACAAAAAAUUGACAAAUGCGCAGCGUUCCGGUUUAAAUCAAAUUCCUAACCGUCGUUUUACGCUAUGGUGGUCACCAACUAUAAAUCGAGCUAAUGUGUACGUUGGUUUCCAAGUACAACUCGACUUGACUGGUAUUUUCAUGCAUGGCAAAAUUCCCACCUUGAAAAUUUCGUUGAUUCAAAUAUUCCGUGCUCACUUGUGGCAAAAAAUACACGAAUCGAUUGUUAUGGAUUUGUGUCAGGUAUUCGAUCAAGAAUUGGACGCACUGGAAAUCGAAACGGUUCAAAAAGAGACUAUACAUCCACGUAAAUCGUAUAAGAUGAAUUCAUCUUGUGCUGAUAUAUUGCUAUUCCCUGCUUAUAAAUGGAAUGUAUCGCGACCAUCUUUGCUGGCGGACACAAAAGACACAAUGGACAAUACAACAACACAAAAAUACUGGUUAGAUAUACAGUUGCGUUGGGGCGAUUACGAUUCACACGAUGUAGAACGUUAUGCACGUGCGAAAUUCCUUGACUACACCACAGACAACAUGUCUAUCUAUCCCUCACCGACUGGUGUACUCAUCGCCAUAGACUUGGCAUAUAAUUUACACUCGGCUUAUGGCAACUGGUUCCCCGGCUGCAAGACGCUCAUACAACAAGCUAUGGCUAAAAUUAUGAAGGCUAAUCCUGCGCUAUAUGUGUUGCGCGAACGUAUACGAAAAGCGUUGCAACUAUAUUCUUCUGAACCAACUGAACCUUAUCUGAGUUCACAAAAUUAUGGUGAAUUGUUUUCGAAUCAGAUUAUAUGGUUUGUGGACGACACGAAUGUAUAUCGUGUAACUAUACAUAAAACAUUCGAAGGCAAUCUGACAACGAAACCCAUUAACGGCGCAAUUUUCAUAUUUAAUCCACGUACUGGUCAAUUGUUCUUGAAAAUCAUUCAUACGUCUGUAUGGGCUGGUCAAAAACGUCUGGGUCAGUUGGCCAAAUGGAAGACAGCGGAAGAAGUAGCGGCAUUAAUUCGAUCCUUGCCCGUUGAAGAACAACCUAAACAGAUCAUCGUAACUCGUAAGGGUAUGUUGGAUCCAUUGGAAGUGCAUUUGUUAGAUUUCCCAAAUAUUGUGAUCAAAGGCUCUGAACUGCAACUGCCAUUCCAGGCUUGCCUUAAAGUUGAGAAAUUCGGUGACUUAAUUUUGAAAGCCACUGAACCACAAAUGGUGCUGUUUAAUCUCUAUGAUGAUUGGCUGAAGACCAUCUCUUCCUACACAGCAUUCAGUCGAUUGAUUUUAAUUUUGCGUGCACUACAUGUGAAUACCGAACGUACAAAAAUCAUAUUGAAACCAGAUAAGACAACCAUAACUGAGGCUCAUCACAUCUGGCCAACACUCACCGACGAGGAGUGGAUAAAGGUUGAAGUACAGCUUAAAGAUUUGAUUUUGGCCGAUUACGGCAAGAAGAAUAACGUGAAUGUGGCCUCACUUACGCAAUCUGAAAUACGUGAUAUUAUUUUGGGCAUGGAAAUUAGUGCACCAUCGGCGCAACGUCAACAAAUUGCUGAAAUUGAAAAGCAGACGAAGGAGCAAAAUCAAUUGACGGCAACGACGACGCGUACAACGAACAAACAUGGCGAUGAAAUUAUUACCUCGACCACAUCGAACUAUGAAACUCAAACAUUUAGCUCGAAAACAGAGUGGCGUGUGCGUGCUAUAUCUGCAACAAAUCUACAUCUGCGUACGAAUCACAUUUAUGUCAGUUCGGACGAUAUCAAAGAGACUGGGUACACCUAUAUAUUACCGAAAAACAUACUAAAGAAAUUUGUAACGAUUUCCGAUUUGCGUGCACAAAUUGCCGGAUACCUGUAUGGCGUGAGUCCACCUGAUAAUCCACAGGUUAAAGAAAUCCGUUGCAUUGUUAUGCCUCCACAAUGGGGCACACAUCAGACUAUAAACCUGCCCAACACUCUUCCCACACAUCAGUAUCUGAAAGAUAUGGAGCCACUCGGUUGGAUACAUACACAGCCGAAUGAGUUGCCACAACUGUCGCCGCAAGAUAUCACCACACACGCAAAAAUUAUGCAAGAAAAUGCAACGUGGGAUGGUGAAAAGACCAUAGUUAUAACCUGUUCUUUUACGCCUGGCUCGUGUUCGCUGACUGCUUACAAGUUAACGCCAUCCGGUUUUGAGUGGGGCUCUAAGAAUACAGAUAAAGGUAAUAAUCCUAAAGGUUACUUACCAUCACACUACGAGCGCGUCCAGAUGCUGCUGUCGAAUAAAUUCCUCGGCUUCUUUAUGGUGCCAUCACAGGGCAGUUGGAAUUACAACUUUAUGGGUGUGCGGCACGAUGCAAGUAUGAAGUAUGAGCUGCAAUUGUCGAAUCCUAAGGAAUUCUAUCACGAAAUACAUCGACCUUCACACUUUUUAUUAUUUUCCAAUUUGGAAGAUGCUGGCGACGGGUCGGGUGCCGAUCGUGAGGAUGUGUUUGCGUAGUUUGACAAACACUCAGCAGAAAUAUGUUUAAUCUUUUUCGUAUUUUUAUGUAACUUGAUUUUAGUUAACUUCAUAUGUAUGUAUAUUGUAAAAGAAAUUCAACCAUCGUAAAUUGAAAUAUGGCGAUCGAGCUGUGUAGACUUCAUUAAGAUCAUAGUUAUAGCAAUUUGUUUGAAACAGAAAACGUUAAUAUUUUCAGACUUACAAAUUUAAAACGGACUACAGACAACAAAUAAAUUAAUAAUUUACAAACCAAAA